GUUAUCCGUGUGUGAGCUAAUUUACGUUCUCGUUCUUUCAUACGACGCGCGCACCAAAGAAAGUCUCGGUCGCAAUUAGGCGCAUCAUUAAAUUUUCUUUCCUUCAUCACCAUCAUCUCCCAAUCUCUUUAUCCUACCAACCUCAUCUCUCAACACCAAAUUGCCCAAGAUGUAUGGUAAUAACUACAACAAUUUGCCUGCAUCAUCAGGCCCCUCGCUUCCGCCACCUCCACCGCCGUCUUAUGGUUAUGAGAGGUACGAUCAACCGCCGCCGCCUCCAUACCCACCGCCUCCGGCUAGUUCAUCAAGAUCGUGGAAUGAUCGCUAUCCUCCGCAAGACCGUCGGGAUGAUUUUCAUUUCCGAGGUCCCUUUUCCGACCUUCGUCGAAAUCGCUCAGAUGACCGUCGCCGCCCCGAUCGAGAUUAUCGCGAUACCGACCGCGAUUCUUAUCGUCCUCCACAAGGCGACUUCACUUUUCGCACAGAACCUCCUCCGGGUGUCAAUUAUCACGACUCGUAUCGGCCCCGCGAAAGGGAGGGACGCGCACCAAGAACGUACGAUUCGUACUACCCUCAACCCCCGACUAAUCACACUGAUGGUCAUAGAAGUAACCACGACGAUAAUCGGAGCACAUCCGACCGACCGCAUCAUGAUGACAACGACGGGCUGACGGGUCGUGAUAACCGGCCUCGCCGUAACGAUGAUCGUAGACGCCAGCAAAAUUUCAAGCAGCGUACCGGAUUCAAAGAAAGAUGGAAGCCGCCAAAGCCAGCUGCAAGGCUACUUCUGCAUAAGAAGCAUGAUGAGAACCCGGAGCUUAUGCUGGGGGAUACCGCUGCGCGAGCUACUUAUAGAGACAUUGAUGAGCUCUCAGACAGCGACGAGACUGAAAUGGAUAUCUCCGAUGAAUCCGGCUCUGAUGUAGUUGAGCCCGCAAGCAAACGUGCGCGUACGUCGGCGACUGCAACAACCACCAAGCUAGAGGAAGAUGUGCCUCGAUGGUCGAACCCAGAUCCAUACACGGCUUUACCUCCGCCGGACGAAAGUACACGUAAGAAGAAAGAUAUGGUUCAGCUAAUUCGCAAAGCACGCGUCGAAGCAGAAGCCAAGCAACCGGCCGCGCAGAUAGAGGGGUUGGAUUUUAUUUCGUGCGAUUUCGACGAUGAUAAGGAGUAUGAACCUUCUACUUUUAACAGUAACAGCGCGCAUCGUGCACCGGAUAGUGGGGCAAUAGCACCAGCAACAAUUCAGUCCACACCACUUACCUCACACCCCGCGCACGACGCACACAAUGCACGCACCGGCGCGCGUGACAAAAAUUCUAUUGAUCUAACAUCUUCUACAUCUCUCGGCAAUCGCAAGCGCACCUUUGAUGAUAAAAUUAAACAGCCGCUUCAGCCAUCUGCCCCCACGGGAAAAGGCGCGAAAAUGAGUAGCUCCGGUUACAUCUUGUCCGAUUGGCGCCCAGUCGCGAAUGAGAACCCUUGUCCCUGGCUCCAAUCUGAUUAUUCGGAUACUCCUAGUAUAGGUACUCGGAUGCAGAAAGAGAUCACAGACUUCUACCUUUGGGUGAGCCCUCAACCAUUCGAAGCAUCUGUCCGUCAGAAGAUAGUUGAUCAACUCCGCAAAAUUAUCAAAAUGAGAUGGUCGGAUGCAGACCUCUACCUCUUCGGCUCAUUUGUGUCCGGUCUUUACCUACCAACAGCUGACAUGGAUAUUGCAAUUUGCUCAAACAACUUUAUCAAUCGGGGCAUUCCUCGAUACGACAAGAAAAAUAAUCUCUGGGCGUUGAAGCAACAUCUUAUCAACUACAAUGUCACUUUCGACGAAUAUGUUGAAGUGAUCUCGAGAGCAAAAGUUCCAUUGGUCAAGUAUACCGAAAUGCGAAGCCGCCUUAAGUUCGAUAUUUCCUUCGAGAAGAUAGAUGGUCACCGAGCCAUUCAGACAUUCCUCGACUGGAAGGCAAAGUACCCCGUGUUGCCUAAGCUGGUAGCCGUGGUUAAGCAGUUUCUGCUCAUGCGAGGACUCAAUGAACCUGUUAACGGCGGUAUCGGCGGAUUUUCCGUUAUUUGCAUGGUUGUUCAUCUUCUUGAUAUUAUGCCUCAGGUGCAAAGUCGCUCUAUGCCGGCCGACUCGCAUGUUGGCGAAAUUCUGAUGGAGUUUUUCCAAUAUUACGGUCACCAUUUCAAAUAUAAGACCGUAGCUAUACGCAUGAACCCUCCCGGACUAGUACCAAAGAACGAGGUUAGCACAUUCGUCUAUCGCAACAUGGAUAGGCUGUCCAUCCUAGAUCCCAACAACCCUGAGAACGACAUUGCCGGAGGUUCUAGUAAUACCGAAACAAUCAUGCGCCACUUUGCGCAAGCCUAUGAUACGAUGCUCAAACGCAUCGUCAAGAUUCAGUGCGGAGGUGACGGCGAAGAGGUGAAGGGCUCGCUGUUUGAGCCCAUUCUAGGAGGAAACUAUGAAUCCUAUACGAAGCAGAGAUCUAUCCUUAAAUCUCUACAUGAUCAGGGUUUUGGUGAGUAUAGUCGUCAUCAAAGGCAACAUCAAAGGUUUCCCCGCGAUGACGAGUGGUAAUUCGACCAGCGGACGUUACUCAGAACGCUAGGACUUAACCUGGUUGACUUUUAUUGGCUUAGAUCUAAAAAUUCACGUCGAUAAACCCCAUGCUAUCGGGAGCACCCUUGACGACUGUACAACACUCGGCCGGCUUUUCGGAACGAUUAUAUGACGAAGUACGCAUACGGAGGCGUUGAUUUUAGAUGGUUGACCGUACCUAAGGAUGAUUCGAUGCUGGACCCGAUACGGAUCGUUGGGAUUAAUGAACACACGGCGUUCCGGAAAACAUUCAGAUACCAUUUGCUUCUUUUUCUCACUUUGCUCAUGGUUUUUCUAUCAUUACUUUUUCAGGGAGUCGACAGGCGUUACCCAUCUGGACGAUGAGGUCUAAUGUAUUUUAGUGGCCGGAUGCCGGUGUUGGUACGCCCCAUACCGCCUGGCUGUCUGGCUUCAUCGGCUUAGCCUCCCCUUGCACAAUUACGGCUGGCCAAAUAUGAGUGACUCGCGGCCUAGUGGCGAGGGUAAAAUCAGAAUUCGUAUUUCCUACA